AUGUAGCUGGAAAAUUCAUUCUUAUGUUUAUCUAAUGUUUUACAUUAAUGUAUUAAUUCUGCACAGGCCCCAAAAUUAACAAAACUUUUUUUUUAAAUAACCAGCAUUUAUAAAGAUGCUUAAUUUAAGCUGAAAUUCAGUGGCUAUAUGGUUUUAAUGUGUAUUUUUUAUGGACGGAUCAGCUUUGGGAUGAGUUUGAUGGAUUCAGCACACGGAUUGAUCAGAGGGAGAUUAGAGUGCUUGACGUCAGAAACUGCAAACAAAUGGUCCUAUAAAAAGAGCAAACCUGUUUGGUAAAAAAAAAAAAAAAAAGGAAAACACUCUUGGCACAGACUGAGGUUAGAGAGCACAGCAUACACGCUGUCACUCCUGUUACAAGCAAACAAAGUCACAACUUAUAAGCUCGAAGAUGCCCCUUUCAAGCAGCUCCACGUCCUCCUCUAAGAGCAUCCGCAGAGCAGCAUCCGAACUGGAGAGGUCGGACUCCAUCACGUCUCCAAGGUUCGUGGGCAGAAGGCAGAGCUUGAUCGAAGAUGCGCGGAAGGAGAGGGAAGCCGCGGCUGCAGCGGCGGAGGCUGCUGGGACCAGUGAGCAGAUCGUGUUUGAGGAGGAAGAUGGAAAAGCGCUUCUCAACGUCUUCUUCGUUUUAAGGAGCUCCAAGACUCCUGCGCUGUCCCGGACACUCAAGGUGUUUGAGACAUUUGAAGCAAAGAUUCACCACUUGGAGACGCGGCCAUGCAGGAAGCUUAAAGACAGCCUUGAGGGCCUGGAGUACUUUGUCCGCUGUGAGGUCCACCUGUCAGACGUCAGCACUCUGGUCAGCUCCAUCAAGAGGAACGCAGAGGAUGUCAAAACCACUAAAGAAGUCAAAUUUCAUUGGUUCCCAAAGAAAAUGGCUGAGCUGGACAGAUGCCAUCAUCUGGUCACAAAAUUUGAUCCAGACUUAGAUCAAGACCAUCCUGGCUACAGUGAUCCUGUCUACAGACAGAGGAGAAAAAUGAUCGGUGACAUUGCUUUCACAUACAAAUUUGGGCAGCCAAUUCCCAGAGUGGACUACACUGCGGAGGAGAUUAGCACUUGGCAACAAGUCUAUUCAACCUUGAGGGAUUUGUACACCACCCACGCCUGCGUAGAACACCUCGAGGCCUUCCGUCUGCUGGAGAGGCAUUGUGGGUACAGUCCGGACAACAUUCCCCAGUUGGAAGAUGUGUCACGCUUUCUCAAAGAACGCACGGGGUUUCAGCUGCGUCCGGUGGCGGGCCUGCUCUCCGCCAGAGACUUCCUGGCCAGUCUGGCAUUCCGAGUGUUCCAGUGCACCCAGUACAUCCGACACGCCUCGUCUCCCAUGCACUCCCCAGAACCUGACUGCGUCCACGAGCUGCUGGGCCACGUUCCCAUGCUGGCUGAUCGCACGUUUGCUCAGUUUUCACAGAAUCUAGGACUAGCAUCUCUGGGGGCAUCAGAUGAAGAUAUUGAGAAACUGUCCACACUGUACUGGUUCACAGUUGAGUAUGGCCUUUGUAAACAAAAUGGUGAGGUUAAGGCUUAUGGGGCUGGACUGCUUUCCUCUUACGGAGAACUUGUGCACUGCCUGUCUGAUGAACCAGAGACCCGAGAGUUUGAUCCAGAGGCUGCAGCGGUGCAGCCUUAUCAAGACCAGACGUACCAGCCCGUCUACUUUGUUUCAGAGAGCUUUCUGGAUGCCAAAGAGAAAUUCAGGGCCUACGUAUCUGGUAUCAAGCGUCCCUUCUCGGUCAGGUUUGAUCCAUACACUUGCACUGUUGAAGUCCUGGACAACCCCCUAAAGAUCCAAGGAGGACUGGAAAGUGUGAAGGAUGAGCUCAAGGUGCUGACAGACGCCCUCAGUGUUUUGUCGUGA